AUGAAAACGUUAAUUUUAUAUUUAAAAAUUACUACAUUCCUUCUUUUAAUUUGGAUAUAUCAAUGUUUUUAUAACUGUGAUUCCUAUAAAACAUUGAUUGAUAAAAAUAUAUUGCAAACAAAAAAUGAGUUAAAAUAUGAAAGAGUAUUAACAGAGGGUGACAUAGAAGCAAAAAGGCAAGCUUACGCUGAAGGAUGCCCAAAAGAAUGUUCAUUAGAUAAUAAAAAAAACAAAUGUGAAGAUCCGUUUCCAUAUGAGAAUCCGUGCGAUCAUUGGCAUAAAGGCAUUGCUCCACAAUUGUGGGAGCUAUUUGAUAAAGAAACAAGUGGAAUGGACCCUAAAUGGAGAGACCAAAAAUGGAAUAAUGAAUGGAAUAAAAUUUCCGCUAAGAAAGUUAAUGAUCUACCUUCAAUAUAUGAUCAACAAGAUAUUUCAGAAGAAGAAAAAAAAAAAAAAAUUGACAGUGUUAAGAGAGAACUUAUCUUAGAAUUUAUGAAAUUUUUAGAUGAAUGCAAGAAAGAGAUGAGAGACAAUAAAACCGAAUCGGAAUGUAAGAAUAAGAUGAGAAACAACAGAACAGAAUCCGAAUGUAUGAAAGAGAUGAGAGAAAAUAAUACAGAAUGCGAAUCUAAGAAAGAGAUUAGAGACAAUAAAAUAGAAUCCGAAUUUAUGAAAGAGAUAAAAGACAAUAAAACAGAAUUCGAUUUUAAGAAAGAGAUGAGAGACAAUGAAACAGAAUCCGAAUCUAAGAAUGAGCAGGGAAAAAAUAAAAUGAAAAAUAAGAAAGCAAAUAUUUUGAAAUUUCUUUUUAAGAGGUUUGAUAACCAUUAA